GAAAGACUCCAAAAACAACUAAAAUACAGUUUAUUAGACAAUAGUUUUGGGGUUGCCAGGCAACGUAACGAUGUAUUACGAAUGCAAAGCAUCACAGGUGCGCGUGUUUUAACCACUUUAUAACGAUUGCGUGUUUCACUCGCGACCUCUCUCACUAAUAUGGUUCAUUUUGGUCUUGGUUUACCAUAGAAGUUUACUGUCCAGUCUGUAUAAACAUCCACCUUAAAGCAGACCGUUCGCGGGCCGCGCCGUCUGCUCCGCGUGUGCGCGCGUUGUACACACACACGCACGCACGCACACACUUCAUUUGGCAAACACACGCUGCGCGCAACAGUGGCAGGCGCGCUGGGAGACCUGAGAUCCGCCAGCGACCAUCUGAGAAGACAGAGACCUCCCAUAUAAUCGUAAAUAAACGUUUGACAUGUUAAAUUGUCUGUUAUAAGGUGCGUUCAGCUUCACGGGUCAGCCACAGCCGGGGAUAUAGACGUGUCAGCCGCGUCUACGCACAGACCGGGCGUUGCAGCGAGGAAACCGAGCUUGGACAGACGCGAUACGGAGGUUCUUUAUUUCUGCGAAGCACUGUUUUGGUUUUCAUUCUGUUUGUAGAGACAAACUGUCGUGGUUUUAUCGCGCUGUGGCGAUAGACGCGCAUCUCAGAAGCGAGUGCGCGCGCUUGUCUGGUGCGCUUGAUGAUGCUGUGCAUGCAAACAAACCUUGGCGAACUUAAUAGGUAAACAAUUGGACUUCAUUCCUACUUUCAAUUCAUCGUUUACUUGUGAUAUUAGUUUUUUUUUAUUAAUUUGUAUAAUGUAGUUUUAAUAUUAUCCUCAUGUUUUGCCAACGCGUGUAAGGUUUUGAACGUUUUAAACUAGUGAUGGUGACACAUAAAUGUGUUUGAUUGAGAGCCAUAUCUACUGUUUUUACGAAGAAACAGUUUUCACACUAAGGAGUGAUAACACGAUGCUGCUCAACAUCCACGCGUUAACAACUCCACGCCCGGUAAAGUGACCAACGCACCGGGAAAGAUCGCGUUUGAAGCACGGUUUGCCUCAUAAACUGCGUCGAACCCUAAAGGAUAGAUGAUGUCCAAAACCUUAAAGAGGAAAAAACACUGGUCCACUAAAGUACAGGAAUGCGCCGUGUCGUGGGGAAGCGUCGGAGAGUUCGGCGAUGUCGUGGAGAUCCUCGGAGGCGCCGAGCUCGGGGAGUUCCCGUUCCUCGGGCAGAUGAACCUGGACGUGUUGGUGUGUCACGUCGGGAGACUACCGUACUACGGAGACGUGUUACUGGAGGUGAACGGGACACCUGUCAGCGGGCUGACGAACCGGGACACACACGCUGUGAUCCGACACUUUCGGGAGCCGAUACGCAUCAAGACUGUCAAACCAGGUAAAGUGCUGAACAGUGAUUUGAGGCAUUAUCUUAGCCUGCAGUUCCAGAAAGCCUCAAUCGACCACAAACUGCAGCAAGUCAUCAGAGACAACCUGUACCUGCGAACCAUUCCAUGUACCACACGGCUGCCCAGAGACGGGGAAGUUCCAGGAGUGGACUAUAAUUUCAUCAGCGUGGGGGAUUUUCGCAUCCUGGAAGAGAGCGGAUUAUUGCUGGAGAGCGGAACGUAUGAUGGUAACUUUUAUGGCACCCCCAAACCCCCUGCCGAGCCCAACCUGGUUCAGCCCGACCUGGUGGACCAGGUCCUGUUUGAGGAGGAGUACGGCUCCGAGGUCCAAAGAAAGCGAACUUCCUCUGUCAGCAAGAUGGACCGCAAGGAUAGCGUCGUUCCUGAGGAAGAAGAGGAUGAGGAAAGACCGCAGCUGUCGAACGGCAUCCCGGCGAGAACAGAGGAGUGGAGGAAAGCUGUACCCAGCUACUCUCAGUCCAGCGCGGGGGGCGGCGGGUCGCUGGAACUCCGCACCUGGACCUCUUUACCCAGAGCCGACAGUCUGGAGCCCCUGCCGUACAACUGGGAAAUGGCUUACACGGAGACGGGAAUGGUCUACUUCAUCGACCACAACACAAAGGCAACUACGUGGUUGGACCCUCGUCUGGUCAAAAAAGCCAAGUCACCCGAGCAAUGCGAGGACGGAGAGCUACCAUAUGGCUGGGAGGAGAUCGAUGACCCGCAGUAUGGCACAUACUUUGUCGAUCACAUAAACCAGACAACCCAGUUUGAGAAUCCGGUUCUAGAGGCCAAGAGAAAACUGGGAUUAGACACUGCAGUCGCAACUCAGAACCAACAGAGGGCAGCAGUUCCACCAGUUGGCACGUCUGGUACGCCCGGAUUCACACAGGACCCAACUCAGCUGAAGGGUGAACUAUAUCAUACGGCUCUGAGGAAGAGCCAGCAGGGCUUUGGUUUCACCAUCAUCGGAGGAGACCGAUCCGAUGAAUUCCUGCAGGUGAAGAACGUUCUUCCAGACGGCCCGGCCGCACAGGACAAGAAAAUGGCCUCGGGUGACGUUAUAGUCGAGAUCAACGGCACGCUCGUCUUAGGCAAUACGCAUGCCGACGUGGUCCACAUGUUCCAGUGCAUUCCCAUCAACCAGUACGUGGACAUGGUCCUGUGCCGUGGAUACUCUCUUCCACCCGACGUAAAUGUGGACAGCGAGGAUCUCCCGCCUCCUCCUCCCCCUCCAUCGGGAGAGAUCGUAACCGCCGUGCCCCUCAUCAACGGCCAGCCGCUGUUGGUCAAAGGCGACGCUCUCCAUGGCUCGCAAGAACUCCACUACGUAACCACAGACGCCAGCGGGCGGCCGGUGGUCGCCGCACUUCCCGUUGUCACUGACAGACCCGAGAUCGGGAUGCUGCAGCCCGAGCUAGUGAGCGUGCCCAUCAUGAAGGGACCUGGAGGGUUCGGAUUCGCCAUCGCGGACUGCACGCUGGGACAGAAGGUUAAAAUGAUCCUGGAUGAGCAGUGGUGCCGAGGCCUGCUGAAAGGUGACGUCAUAAAGGAGGUAAACAGGCAGAACGUGCAGACGCUGAGUCACGCGCAGGUGGUGGAUAUACUGAAGGACCUGCCCGUCGGGAGCGAAGUCAAUCUGUUGGUGUUGAGAGGAGGUCACACGUCGCCUGUGAAGAGUUUAAGACCUAGACCAGGGAUGAGUGCCAGUACCGAGAUGUUGGAUCGUUGCCAUGACACCACGACACCCCCAGCUUUGACUUAUCACUCACACACACUGCCAUGUAGCUCUCCAAAACAAAGCGCUACUUUCCAGUACAGCAAACCCAAAGCCCUGACGGAGAGCAUCGGACCUCACCAUAAAGAAUUGGAAGUUUUUAUUAAGAGAGAUCAGGAUACAGGGUUUGGUUUCCGUGUAUUGGGAGGAGAAGGAGCUGAACAGCCAGUAUACAUCGGUGCCAUCAUACCCCAGGGAGCAGCUGAGAAAGAGGGUCGUCUGAGGGCUGGAGAUGAGCUUAUUGGCAUCGAUGGCAUCCAGGUAAAAGGGAAAUCUCACAAACAAGUUCUGGAUCUGAUGACUAACGCCGCCCGCAACGGACAGGUUCUCCUGUGUGUGCGGCGAAAGGUCAUUUGCAGAGAUGCUUCGGAGGAUGUUGGGAGCGGAGCUCUGACCCUCGUGAAUGGCUCGCCGAGGCACCCGCGCAUUCAGCUCCCGAGUUUCAAAGACCAGGAGUCGUUCGACAUCACCCUCCAUCGUAAAGACAACGAGGGCUUCGGUUUUGUCAUCCUCACCUCGAAAAGCAAACCGCCACCAGGAGUGUGUGUUGCAGUAAUCCCUCAUAAAAUUGGCCGCAUAAUCGAGGGCAGCCCGACCGACCGCUGCGGCCUGUUGAGCGUGGGUGACCGCAUAUCCUCCGUGAACGGUCAGUCCAUCGUGGAGCUCUCGCACAGCGACAUCGUCCAGCUCAUCAAAGACGCCGGUAACGCUGUCACACUCACUGUGGUUCCCGAAGACGAGUACAAAGGCCCGCCUUCAGGAGCCAGCUCAGCCAAACAAAGUCCAGCGCCACAGCACAAGAUUCUGAAAUCCAGCACUCAGGAUGAGAGGUAUAAUCUGGAUAUGGAUGAACUCAGGGAUGAGCUGGCAUGGAUGGAGUAUAAAGCUCUUCCGUUGAGUGAGCAGGGAACGUUGUGUGUCACCAACUCAAAACAGGGCUGUAUUGCGGUCGAGUUAAUACGUAGCUCUCGUGGUUUUGGAUUCAGUUUGAGAGGAGGAACUGAGUACAACAUGGGUCUCUAUAUCCUGCGGUUGGCUGAGGACGGCCCCGCUUUAAAGGACGGUCGGAUACAUGUGGGUGAUCAGGUGGUGGAGAUCAAUGGAGAGCAGACACAAGGCAUCAGCCACACCAGAGCCAUCGAGCUGAUCCAGGCCGGAGGAAAUAUAGUGCAUCUUUUACUGCGACCCCAAGCUCUCUUAUCUGAGAACAGUUCUUCAGAAAAAGUUUCUCUUUCAGACCCACAGGGAUCCAACGCUUCCAACAUUCCCCUCCGUUCCGCCCUCCAUCAUCCAUCCUCUCCCCCGGUGAAGAAGAGAACUUCAGACCUGUCAAACUCCAUCGCCCGCUCUCGUGCCUCCUUAGAUCUCGUUCUCCAGGAUCCCCACCCUAAAGAAAGCAACAAGGAGAAGCGGGCCAAACCACAAAAGCCCAGCGCCUCCAGCUCCUCACAGCAACGCCGUCUCAAGAGUUGGUCCACAGAGAACCUCAUUGAUGUCGAAGAUACACAGAAACCUAAAUCCCCAUCCAAAGCCAAAGACAAAGCUCACAACCACAAAGAAAACCUGCAAGCAGGCACCAACAAGCACGGAAAGUCCGAUCGACUGAGUCGCUCCGUCAGUCCCCAGAAGUCAGAAGUUGUCGUGGAGCGGCGACGGGAGAAGGAACGCCGUGCAAAGCCGAUUCCUGGGGUGGACCACAGAAAAAGCGACACUCAGAAGAGGAGAAAACAGGAGACUACAAAAGAAAAUGAGACCCAAGAAAGGAAGGAGAGGGGAAGAGCUGAGAGAAAAACUAAGAGUGAAGAAGAAAUUGAUCUGAAAAGAGCCCAGAGGAAGAAAAAAGAUGGUGAGCAACUACACGACGGUCACAUAUCGAACCGUGAGGAAGAGAAGAAGAGUAAACAAGCAAAGGAAAAGAGAUCUUCUAAGGAAGAUAGUCAGAAGGACGUGACGGGGAGGAAAAGAGACAUUAAAGAAAACGAAAGUACAAAUGAGGACACGAACAGGAAAAGCAUUGUCAUCAGUGACGCCGCUCCGGUCACCAACAGGUCAAGUCAGGUCUUCGACAGUCCCGUAACCAACGGCCUGUGGAAGAUACCGAGCUAUGCUCGCAUUCUCACGCGGGAGGAAGUGAUGCGGGAUGUGUUUGACUAGCCUCGAGGAUCUCAGGUUUGUCGAUUGAGGUGGAAUUCUCUCCCUCGUCGAAGAUUUUGGUCAACUAUCCAACAGCAGAGACGGCGCACCGUGGACGGCUGAUGGUGUCAUGUGGGACUUCGCAAAUUAUUUACAUGUCAGAAUAACGUCUCAGAACGCACAACAUGAAGUUAGUUUGCAUCUUGCUGAGCUGAAUUAUAACACAAUGGUUUAAUGGCACCGUUGUAUAAAGGUUACUCCAAGGUUGUAACCAUCCGAGACCACAUUUAGCAUUUUUUCUAUCUCUCCGUAGGUCUCCCAUCUAGGCUUUGGCCUGUCUACCAACUGCUUGGCUUUGAAAUCACUGGAAUGCUUAUAAUAUAUAUUAUUAUAAUUUAUUAUCAUCUACAAUACGAUGACAUGACAAUUUAUUCAAACUGCCUUUAUGUGGUUUUCGAUAUCAUCGCAUUUCUGUUCCCGGACGCACUACGCUUCAUGUCUGGAGUUCAUUUUACUCCUUAAACGAAAUAGGACUCAACAUAAUUUCCUCACAAUGCAAUCCUUCCUUAUGCAACUUUUAAGGGAACAUCCCAUGAUAUCAUCAAAGCAAGGUUUCGGUCACAAACAAGCACGCCUUCGCUCCAAAGAGCUGCGUUUUCUGCAUGCAAAAUAAGACACAGAUCCUUGUUUUGUCGCAUGCCUUUACGUUGCCAGACUUUCAUUUAAUGUUGCCAGACUUUGUAAAUAUGAACUGUCGACAAGACUUCACCCGGACGUUUUAGACUGUUCUUUCUCUUCCAUAUCUUUAGCUCCCCGAUUUCCAAAUAUUAUCAUUGCAAAUGACCAGAAACUUGUGCUUUUAAUAUACCAAGAUGAAGAAAUGUUUAUUUAUUGAGAUGUGUAUAUGAAUAUAAAGACAUGUAGCUAUAUGAAACUGUAAAAAUGAUUUCGGUGUAGAGGCUCGGGCACCGUGGUAGUUUUACCUCGUAGCAACGAUGUUUUGACUUGUAAUAGAAAAAAUGGUACAUGCAGAUGUAUUUUUAAAUGUUAAAUAAUAGCAGAUUUAAUAUAGUGAUAUAUAUAUAUAUAUAUAUAUAUAUAUAUUGUAUUUUAUUUCCUGUUUCGUUAAAGGAGAGCAAUGCAAGCAAUUCAACCCCUCAUUUCUGAGAGGCCAAACAAACAUGCUCAAAAUCAUAUUUCACUUUAAAAGGAAAAUAAUUAAACAUCAAAAGAUUUGCAUCACAAAUAAAAACAAGCCUUUAUUUAGAACUAUUCAGAUAUAUAAUGAUAAGUUGAAGCUACCUAUAAUUUAUGCUUAUUUAUGUAAAUAAACACCAAUAUGAAGACUGUGGAGUAAUCAACAUUGAUAAUUAAUGAAUGAUGAAAAAGAAGAAAACAUGAUAUGCAUUACAAUAUUGGGGUGGGUUGUGUUGGUUGUAUUAAAAGUAAUGUGUUCAUUUAAAAGAAAUCAUAAUUGUCCUAAAUAAACUUUAUUUUUUUAUAUUUAUUUUAGGGUGAAAUAUGACUCGAAUAUGUUACAAGAGAUUCAUCUAAAUGCAAAAUGAUUGACAGUAAAAAAUACAGACUAGGAAAAUGUCCUCUCUCCUAAAAAUAGGAAAAUUGCAGGUAUUUGUGUAUUUUAACAAAAAUAUAUAUAUACAUAUGGUCCAUGCUUGCUUACGACUCACGUGGGAAGUCUUUGUAAGGGCUCAUUUUUAUGGGCUUUGAGGUGUGUAUUUUUGGCCAGGAAGAUCUUUAUUUAAGGUCUGAAAAAUGAUCGAUCAAUACCAAAGUACUGAUGGCCACUCCUUAUAUCAUGUGUGUGAGAUGUUUGUUGAACAUGACCUCAGGGUAUGAAUGUGCAUCUACAAGCUGUGUAGCACAGCCUUAUUUAAAUGAGUAUUUAAACACGACCAAUUAAUGAGAAUAUGAUAUGGUUCACAUGAAGUGGUUUCACAGUGUGUUUUGUGCGUAUGACACUGAAGGUUGAUUUAAUAUAUUACCUUUUAAAAUGGGACACAAUGUCAUGACAUUCUCAUCUCAUAUCAAUUAUUCACAUUAAAAAUUGAGGCCUAGAUUUAUCUAAAUCCCCAUAAUGUGUUCUGAUUUCUAGGUACAUGUUUAAAUAUUGUACAGCCCUUUUUUAAAAGAAAUAAAUCUUGGUGAGUGCUUGCUCUCUCAGACGAUGGGACAGAUCUGUAAAUUAUUCUGUUAUUUUUCUAAGUAAUCAUUUAAAAAUGCGAGAAAAUACGUCUGUAGAAUGAAAAUAAUAAAGUCCUGCACAUGGUGUUCUG